AUGGAUUUAAUAAACUCAACUGAACAGAACAGUACAUCAGAAGAACCUUUCAAAUGGGCGACAUCCAAGAUUCUCAUUUCCAUUACCCUGUCUGUGCUGGCUCUAAUGACAACGGCCAUCAAUUCCCUCGUGAUGACUGCAAUAAUUGUGACAAGAAAGCUCCACCACCCUGCCAACUAUCUAAUCUGCUCUCUUGCAGUGACUGACUUCCUUGUGGCAGUCCUGGUGAUGCCCUUCAGCAUUGUCUACAUCGUGAAGGAGACCUGGAUCAUGGGGCAGGCGGUGUGUGACAUUUGGCUGAGUGUGGACAUCACGUGCUGCACUUGUUCCAUCCUGCACCUCUCCGCCAUUGCUUUGGACCGGUACCGAGCGAUCACGGAUGCCGUGGAAUACGCCCGGAAAAGGACACCUAAGCACGCUGGCAUCAUGAUAGCAGUUGUAUGGAUCAUAUCCAUUUUUAUCUCCAUGCCACCUUUGUUUUGGAGGCACCAGACAACCAGCAGGGAGGACGAAUGCAUCAUCAAACACGACCACAUUGUUUUCACCAUUUACUCCACGUUUGGCGCCUUCUACAUCCCGCUGGCCUUGAUCCUGAUCCUUUACUACAAGAUCUACAAAGCAGCAAAGACAUUUCACAGGAGAAGCGUCAGCCGGAUUGUGAGGGAGGAGGGGGUGAAUGGACAAGUCCUUUUGGACGCAGGUGAAAGAAGCACCAAGUCAGCUUCAAUGCCCAGCACAACAGAGAAGACCUCAGAUCCCCUGGUGAGCUCUGAUAAAAUCAACAUCACCCUACGAAGUCCCAGGUCUGAAUCCAAGCACGAGAAGUCCUGGAAAAAACAGAGAAUCUCCAGCACAAGAGAGAGAAAGGCAGCAACGACACUGGGUUUGAUCUUGGGGGCAUUUGUGAUCUGCUGGCUCCCAUUUUUUGUAAAAGAAGUAGUUGUUAAUACCUGUGAAACAUGUCACAUCUCAGAGGACAUGUCUAAUUUCCUAGCAUGGCUGGGAUAUAUAAACUCCCUUAUUAACCCUUUAAUCUACACAAUCUUUAAUGAGGAUUUCAAGAAAGCCUUCCAGAAGCUUGUACGGUGCGGGCAAUACCUUUAAGAGUUUUUGUUCAUAUAAGGAGAACACAUUCAUUGUUUUUUAACCUGUAUAAAUUUAUAUAACUGA